ACGUUUCUCCGGAGCAGGCGCAGCGGCACACACAUCCAGGACCGACCGAAGCCUUCCGGUCCAAGGAAAACCCCCCAGAACCCCAGAUCACGAGGCCUCGCCAUGGAGUUCCACUUCCGCGCCGGCGACGAGCGCUGUCCGUCGACGGGGACCGCGGCCACGUCGGCCAACUCCGAGACCGCUGCCACGCGUGUGCACGACGGUCCCGUCGGCGGCGACGGCGCGGGGUACCACGGGGAGAGCUCGGCGCCGCCGCCGUCCGAUCCGGACGAGCUGCGCCGCCGUGAGGCCAAGGAGAUGAUAAGGGAGCGGAUGCUGCGGGAGGACGCGGAGGCGGCCAAGGCCAUGGCGCUCGAGGCCGAGGUCCGCCGUGAGGUCAUGGAGGAGCGCGCCAGUUUGCUCGCGGGGCUGGCCGGCGGGUCGGAAACGCUCAAGACGGCGCCGAUCUGUCACGAGUCGUCUGUGCAGGCCGGAUCGAAACUAGACGCAUCUGCGGCCGUGCCAGCCAAGCGGAAAAACCCUGAUGCUGUUGUUGCAUCCGCUGUUUUUGCGGCCACAAGCAGCAAGAAGCAGAAGCCCGACCUGACAUGCACGGUGUGCAACAUGACGGCAACCAGUGCUCUUGCCCUGCAAGAGCACCUCAGAGGGAAGAGCCACCUGAAGAAGGCCGCUAAACACCUGCAACCAUUACCUGGAACAGGCCACCCAGAGGAGGAUGCGUUCAGCUUGAAGGUAGAUGGGUCGGCAGCCUUACCGGCCAAGGGGAAAAACCCUGGUGGCGGUGUCACAUCGAUGGCUUUCGUUGAAAAAAGUUGUGACAACUUGAGUUUGAACUGCACGGUCUGCGGCAUCACAGCAACCUGCCAGAAGAACAUGCAAGAUCACCUCAAAGGAAAAAUUCAUAUGAGGAAGACUGCAUUGCAUAAGCCGGAUGGGGUCUGCUCGAAACCAAAUGCAUCAGGAGCCUUGCUACCAGCCAAGCGGAAGAGCUCCGAUGUUGUCCCUGCCGCAUCCACUCUUUCAGCAGAGCCAAGCAGCAAGAAUCAGAAGCAAGACUUGACCUGCACCGUGAAUCAAAUGAAGAUGGUGCCCUCGCCUGCGCCCGGAGAAGCGGAGGAAGAGGCAGAGGUGGAAGGCGGCUACACGCCGAUGAAGUUCAAGAUGGUGACCAACUCCGGGAUAUCGUGCGAGGUGGUGCAGCUGAACGGGUCCGUCUUCUGCGAGGUGUGCAAGGUGAAGACCCCCGACCGUGUCACCAUGAUGUGCCACCUCGAGGGAAGCAAGCACAUCUCCAAGCAGGCCAAGCAGAAGCAGUGCGAGGCCGUGGAACCACCGGCGGCCGUCGCUGCUGGUGGCUAUGGGCCAGGAUCAGAAGUGGUGCCCAUGGAGACGAAUGGCGUUGACGGCAGCAGCCUGCUGUGCGAGCUCUGCAACGUGAAGGUGCCGUCGGAGAGAGUCAUGCAGUCUCACCUGUCCGGCAGGAAGCACACCAACAAGGCGAAGGCGGCCGCGGUUGGCGUCGGUGCAUAUGGCAACGGGUCAGGAUCAGAAACUGUGUCCAUGGAGGCCAAUGGCGUGCGCCGGCUGGACGACGGCUUCCUGCUGUGUGAGCUCUGCAACGUGAAGGCCCCGUCCGAGUGUGUCAUGCGGGAUCACCUGUCUGGCAGGAAGCACACCAACAAACAGAAGGCCACCGCUGACGCUGGUGCAGGACAGGAGGUGAAGAAGGCUGCUGCUGCCGCCACCAGCUCAUCCAAGGAAGCCGCCUCCAUCGUCAACUCAUCCAAGGGAGCCACCUCCAUCGACGUCAACGGCAGCGAUGACAACGUUAAGAAACCAGCAGCGGGGGAGAUGGAGGUAGUUGUGUCAUCGGCAAAGCCUCGAGUGGAUGGUGCCGCCCGUGUCUCCUCCGUGGCGCCCAUGGAAGUAAAUGAACAAGCAGAGGCCGGAGACGGCACUGCCAAAGCUGAUGAACAAGAGAAGGCUGAUUCCGAGGAAGAGGGAGCCGUCGAGAUGGACGGAGGCGCGGCGGUGACAAUCGGCAGCUCAUCUAAGGAAGCCGCCUCCAUCGUCGUCAACGGCAGCGAUGACUCCGUGAAGAAACCAGCAACGGGAGAGACGGAGGUAGUUGCGUCAUCGGCAACGCCUCAAGUGGAUGUCACCGCCCCGGUCUGCGCCCCUGACGCCGGAGACGGCACUGCCAAAGCUGAUGAACAAGAGAAAGCCGAUGCCGAGGAAGAGGAAGCCGUGGAGAUGGACGGAGGCGCGGCCGUGACCGGCGAGGAGUAUAUCAUCCAGGUGCAGGGCAAGCUGUUUGUCACGCUGCGCCAGGCGGACGGCAGCCUCUCGUGCGGGCUGUGCGGCGUGCACGGCUGCGACAAGGGCGGCAUGAUGGAUCACCUCUACACCAGGGACCACUGGCGCAGAGCCCGUCUCGCCGAGGAGAAGAAGCCUGGAUGCCCGCCUCUUUGUGGUACUGUGCCAGAGGAGGAGCCGGCAUCGAAUGAGGUGAAGAAAGACGGCGACGGCGUCCCAGUCACCGGCGGCGAGGCUCAUGUCGACAACUGAUAUCAGCCGCGCGUGACUAUGCAUGGAAUGGCGGUCUGUGCUGAACUUUGUAGUAAUUUAGAUACAUGAUGAUGUGUGUGUGGACCGUACGAUUGUUCGAGUCCUUGUGUGGGUGUGCCAGAGAACUUAAAACUACCUGAGCAUUUCCUGCCAGUACAACUUGUUUUAUACUUCAUUCAGUACAAUUUCCUUCCAACUA